CGGGGCCGCCGCCGGCAGGGUGACCAUUUGUGGCAGAUUUCUGCCAUUUGGGCAGAUUUGGUACCUAAAUUUUAACCCUGGCAGACCAAGCUGACGAUUUAAAAAAGUGGCAGGAUUUGGCAGAUUUCAAAGAAAUCCUAAUUUUUUUUAAAUACGUUUGAAUGUAUGUAAUUCUAUUUACUUAGAAUACUUAUAAUUUUCUGUCUUAUUAUUUCCUUUAUUUUUUAUUAUGCAUUUAUUUGGUAGGAAAUCAUUUACUGAGGUGGCAACUUUUGUCCUAUGCCAGAUAACACGGGAAUCCCCGUUUAUUCUGUUUUUAUGUAGGUACGCCUUACGAUUAUGAACGGUAAUGAAUCAGUAAUAAGGUUUAUUUUCUUAAUGAUAUAACUGAUCGAGGUUCAAAACAAUGUUUGUUGUUUUGUCUACUGCCACGUUAUUCUCAUUUGGCGUUGUGGUGCAGUGUCAGUGCGUUGUGUAUUCCGUGCAUGAUGAAGAGAAAAUACGAGCGUUCGUACCGACCUGAAUGGGAGCAAGAUCCUUUGCUUUCGUCCUGGAUUUCCAGAGCAAAGGAGGAUCCUGAUGUUGCGUUUUGCAAAGCUUGCAAUUGUAAAUUAGUUACAAGAUUGUCUUCGUUAAAAGAACAUGUGUUAUCCCAAAAACAUAAGAAGCAUAUGAUUGGGUAUAGCGGCCAAUCAUCGGUGCAACAGUUUUUUAAGAAAUCUCCAAUAGAAGAGGAAGUGAAAAAAGCAGAACUUAAUAUCUGUGCUAUGUUAGUGGAACAUAAUUUACCGUUCCGAUUAAUGGAUCAUUUAAGUGAAAUUAUCUCAAAAUGUUUUCACGAUUCGGAAAUUGCCAAGUCCUUUUCCUGCAAGAGAACUAAAGCAGCAGCGGUAACGUAUAAUGUUUUAAAGCCAGAGCUAGAAGCAGAGAUGCUUGCCGAUUUAAAAUCAUGUGAAAACAUUAAAACUCUUGUUACCAAAUAUUAUUCCGAAAAAGAUCUUCAGGUAAAAACAAAAUGUUUAACUUUGGUGGACUUGCAAGGAGCAUCAGCCCAAGCUUUGUUCGAUUCACUUUCCAAGGCGUUAAUCAAUGCUAACCUUAACAUUAACGAUGCAAUUGGUUUCGGAGCUGACACUACUAACGUUAUGUUUGGCGAACAAGGUGGUAUUAUUGCCAAAAUAAGAUAUUGCAAGAGGUUUAUGGAUAUUUUGCACAUAGUAGUAAAAGGCAAAGGGAAUUUGCUAAAUUCCAAGACUUUAUUGGCACUGAAAAUGGCACUGCUAUGUUUGCAUGCAUGUAUUAAAAGAAUUUUGGAGCAAUGGGAUGCCCUCAAACUUUUUUUUCAAUCGCAGUUUCUGGAAGACAAAAAUAUUUCAGCUGAAUUUUUAUAUAAUAGUUUGAAUGACAAGAUAUAUAAACUUUAUUUUUAUGCUUUGGAUUAUAUACUGCAAACAGUUAACAAACUGAACACUAUAUUUCAAGGAGAUUAUACGACAGUCCACACAGCAUUUAAAGACAUUUCCGAGGUGUACAUGAGCCUUUUGAGUUGUUAUAUGAAAGGUAAUUAUUUGAAAACCACAGAUCCACUUUGUAUAGAUCCAAAAUCUAACGUCAACUUUUUACCUUUAAAAGAUUUGUAUUUAGGUGUGAACGUUAGUAAAGAAAUCGGUCGUCUAUCUGCAGAUGUUAGUCUUAAACCUGGAAUUCAAUCUUUCCUUCAAAGAAUGCAAACAUUUUUUAUUGAACUCUGUAAUCAGUUAAAAACACGUUUGCCACUGACUAAUCUUUUUAAAGACUUACAAUUUUUAGACCCGCAAAAUUUUGUUUACAAAGAUUUUGUAUCAACAGUAAACAUUGCAAAUAAAUUUCCCAAUAUAGUAGAUGAAAAUAAUCUUCAAAAAGUUGACGACGAUUUUCGACAAAUUAAAUUUGACAAAAGUGUAACCGAUUUGUUGGAAUCUGGUGGGAGUAGCACCAGUACAAAUUUAAGUGUGGAUAAAUUCUGGGGAGCGAUUGGGAAAAUGCGUGAUGCAAAUGGAGCUCCAAAAUAUACUAAUAUUGCAAACUUUGCAAAAGCUCUAUUAAUUUUGCCAUUGUCAAAUGCCUCUUGCGAAAGAAUAUUCUCCCAAGUAAAUUUGAACAAAACAAAAAUAAGGAACAGGUUCCAAAAUAAACAUGUAUCCGCGUUAAUAACAACAAAAGAAGGUAUAAAGGAACAUGGAAACUGUAUCUCCUUUAAACCAACAAGGAAUAUGAUUGAAAAUAUGUCGUCAAAAUCAAUUUACGAAAAUGAAGAGUGCGGAGAAAGUUUUGAUACUUUUAUAGUUGAAUAAUAAAGGAAUUCCUUUGAA